GCGUGGAAGGCAGGCCAGCCCCCAAAGUGCAAGGCGGGGCUGCUCCUCCUGGGGGCCUGUCCUUCCUCCUGGGGAGCAGCAGCGGCCAGGGGACCGGGCCCUCCCCCUGCAGCCCGCCUGCUCCGCCACUCCGAGGGGCCUUACAACAGUGAGCAGCUCCGUCACCUGCUCCUGACAGGAGGCACAGGGUGGAGGCCCACGGCCACCAGCUUCCAGCGCAGAGCAAGGCCCAGAGCUGCGGGACCUGGCUCAGACCCAGCGCGCCUUUUUUUUCUUUUUUUUUGCAUUUCAUAUGUUACCCAGUUUCACAUUCUCACGGGAUCAGCGACUACAACAGCCACCUUGUCUCCCAUGUCUGGAAACGGCAAGACAGCCACAGCUGCAGCCAAAGGCAAAGCGCUGACAUGCUCAUGGAACAAAAAAGAUGCACAACUUUUCCUUCAUUUUUCUUAAACUCACGGCCGCCGCUAAGGCUCACUGCUGGAGAACGGAAACCCUCUUCCUCUUCAUGCCUCAAACUCAACGUAAGCACAGAGCCCGGAAGGCAGGGUGAGCCCAGGGGCGGGAAGACGGUGCUGGACGGUGCAGCCUCGGAGGAGCGGGAGCUGGGUACCCCCGCAGGUGGGACCCGGCCGAGAUGAGCACCCACAACAUGUCCUGGAUCCGGUACCCAAGCCGCGUCUCCACGGCUGUGGAAGAGGUCAUAGCCGCGCAGAGCCUCGUGUCCAGGUGCGCGCUUGUCUACACGGCACUGUUCCUACCGCUGAGCCUGGCGGCCGGGCUCUUCAACUUGACCACCUUUGUCCGAGGCCGCGCCAGGCUGCAGGGCCUGGAUGCCUGCCUGGCGGACCUCACUGCCACUGGUCUGCUGGUGACACUGCUCUCGCUCACAGCGAUUGGCCGGCCAGACUACCUGGCCACGACCCACCUGGGCUGUGCCGUUCUGUCCCUCGUGUUCAACAUCUGCUACUUCAACGCGCAGUACGUGCAGGUGGCCAUGCUCUCCGCGUUCCUGCUGCAGUGCCCGUCCUGCCUGCGCGCGGCCCCCCAAGGGGCCCAGAGGCCCGCAGCCAGCCUGGCCGCCGUUGGGGGCUGUGCCAUCUGCAGCUCCCUGGGAGUGGUGGCCCUCCUGGGCACGUCCAGGGAGCUUUACGAACCCACUCUGUGCCAGGUGGACCCACUGACUGCCUGGCCCGAGUACGAGAUCGUGAAGGUCAGCCUGGGCCUCGGGCUGGCCCUCGUCCUGAAGCUUGUGCUCCUCACCCUGCUUGGCAUCCAGCGGGCUGGCUGGGCGGCUCUGCCCCUGGGGGACGCGGGCUCAGCUCACUGCUGGGUGGUUCUGGCCAUCACCCUGGCCUCAUUCGCCUGCCGCCUCCUCUACAACACCGCGCUUGUCCAGCGGGCCCGGCUGAAGCUGCGGAGGGACAUCGGUGCCCCCCGGGACGAGCUGCUCAUGAACCUGGCGGAGCUGGCCCUGUUUGGGGAGAGCUGUGCAAUUGCCCUGGCCACCCUCCUCCUCCACCGGCCAUGCAGGCAGGCCCUGCUGAGCCUCCCGGAGCGGCUCACCCAAAGGUGCCGGAGGAGAGAGGCCAGCAACAACUUCUCCCUGAAUAGAGUGGGGAGUUAAGUCGGAGCCCCUACCUCCCAACACAAGCCACACAGGCCAGUGAGGGCCUCUUCCUGGCUCUGCCAAGACUCAGAGCGACUUGCUCAGAGUCAGCAGGGAUGACGGUCUGUCUAGGAGGCACUUAGAAAUCAGCUUGAUGGGAAACUCAGUUUCUGCAAAAGCGAGACAGCUCAGCCCAAACCAACACUCACACCUGAUGGAAUGAGUCUGGAGGGGGCAGGUGCUGGCAACACACCUGACCCAGGCGGGAGGUUCUACCUCGUCUGCAAGCCGGCACCUCUCCCCCGCGCCAGCGAAGGGCAAAGAGGGAACCCUGAAAAUAGAGACGUUAUUUAGGUAACUUGAUGGCCACACUAUACUCUGGCCCUGAAUGGCCAGGCUGGUUAACUUCCAGCACCGCCAGCAAGUGGGGGCAGUGCAGACGUCUCCAAAGGCUUGUUUUGUCCUCAAAUGUACCACCCCUGGAGGUCUGAGGUCUGGUCCCCGUGACCUGGUGGACAGGAGGUGGCCGUCCCGGGGUGAUCAGUGAAAGUGGUUUCCAAAGUCUCAGCUGUUCUGUUUGAUGUUAUCUGCAGAAAGUGAAACAUCAGGAUGCAGAGCAUGGUGAUCAGUCUCAUUCCAUUGUUGUCGCUGGCUUUAUGUUAAGAUUCUCUUGGUUGACUAGAGCACAGAGACAUGCAAAGAAUGGCAUCUCUCUGGCUGCAUAAGACCUACACCUUUAAUAGUUAAAAAAAAAAAAAAGAAGCUAGGACCUUACUUUUUUAGAGCAUUUUUCAGACGCAGCAAAAUUAGGAAAUUGCCUGUUUGCCUCCUGCCCCGAAACAUGCACAGCCACCCUCUCAAGGGGGUGCGACAGCCCAUGAGUACGUGGACACGUCACCGUCGCCCAAGGCCUCGGGUAGAUCAGGGUCCACCCUGGGUGCCGCCCAUCCUGUGGUUUGGACAGAGGUACAACGGCGUGCGUCCUUCACUGUCCAAUCAAAUGGGAGAGUUUCGCUGCCCUAAAACCCCCAGCCCUCCGCCUGCAGCUUGACCCUGACCCUCCCCGGCGCCCGCCGAGCCUCUCGCUGUCUCCACAGGUCUGCCGUCUCCAGGCCACGUACUAGAAUCACAGAGCGGAGCCUGGUCAGGCGGGCUGAGGCCACACACUAAGGUGCAGCUUGGAAGCUCGCUUCUCUCUAACGCUGAGCGAUACUCCGUUGUUGCGAUAGCUUCUAUUGUAGUGAAUAUUUUAAUGUUAAUCUGCAACCCAAAGAAUAAAAACACAGCUUUUGAGUGUUCUCAGUACUGAGUACUUCUCAGUACUGAUGUAUUCGCAUUCCUUAUUUGGAAGGAAAGCGAUUUGGACCUUAACAGUCAGGCGGCUUCUGUAAUACGCCAUUAAAACACUCAAUGCUUUUUACAGAGAA